AAUAGAUAGAUUAGCUUCAAAGCAACACAUAAGCCGAACCAAGUCCUUUGGUCUUUCCGUUGUGCCCUUACAUGGGUGUAAGUGCCGCUUCCAUACUCAACCACCUCCUCCACCCAAAGAACCUCAAGCCUCAACCACGCUCCACCGCAACCAACACCACCAAGGCGGCCAUCACAACCAUCCUCUCCCACGUCAACGCCGGUCACAUCUGUAAAGCCGCCUCCGUCCUCUUCGCAUUCCCGGCGCCUUUCCCAUACUCCCUCUACGCCCAUCUCUUCCAACACUGCACCUCCCCACGCGCAGUCGUUGGCCUCCGCAAGGCCGAGUCCCACCUCGUCACCUUCUCCCCCGCCCCACCCAUCUUCCUUCUCAACCGCGUAAUUGAGGCUUAUGGAAGAUGUGACUGUCUUCAGGAUGCACGUGAAUUGUUCGAUGAAAUGCCGCAGCCAGACGGUGGCUCUUGGAAUGCGCUCAUCAACGCUUAUUCCCAGAGAGGUUUCUCGGAUGAGGUUUUCAAGCUGUUUUUGAAGAUGAACAGGUGUGGUGUUUAUCCCAAUCAGAUAACUUUGGCUGGUGUUCUUGGGUCGUGUGCUGUGGCUUCUGAGAUUGUUUUGGCCAAGCAGGCUCAUGGGAUUGUUGUGAAACUUGGGUUUUAUCGCAAUGUGAUUCUCGGCAGUGCCCUUGUUAAUGUCUAUGGAAAAUGUGGGAUCAUGGUUGAUGCUCGUAGAAUGUUUCAAGAGAUUCCAAGUCCCAAUGCUGUCACUUGGAAUGUCAUUGUGAGGAGGUAUCUUGAUGCCGGCGAUGCGAGGGAGGCCAUUGUCUUGUUUUCGCGGAUGUUUUUGGUGAAGGUUCGACCAUUGCAUUUCACAUUUUCAGCUGCUCUUGUUGCUUGUGCGAGUAUCUCUCGGCUGGAAGAGGGGAUGCAGAUACAUGGGGUGGUUGUGAAGUUAGGUCUUCACGAGGAUAAUGUUGUUUCAAGCUCACUUAUUAACAUGUAUAUGAAGUGUGGUAAGCUUGAGGAUGGCCGUGAGGUUUUUGAUCAGAUUGGUUCCAAAGAUUUGGUGUCUUGGACCUCGAUUGUAUAUGGAUAUGCAAUGUGUGGGAAAACAUGGGAAGCAAGAAAGAUUUUUGAUGAGAUGCCAGAGCGAAAUGUGAUCUCAUGGAAUGCAAUGUUGGCAGGGUAUGCUAGAUUUUGUGAUUGGCACGAAGCGUUAGACUUUAUAUAUCUGAUGCUUGGUAAAAUUAAAGAUAUCGAUCAUGUAACACUUAGUCUGAUGUUAAAUGUCUCUGCAGGUCUUUCAGAUCACGAGAUGGGUAAACAAGUACAUGGUUAUAUAUAUCGACAUGGUUUCCACUCGAACCUGAGUGCCGGCAAUGCUCUUCUUGAUAUGUAUGGUAAAUGUGGGAACUUGAACAGUGCCACAGUUUGGUUUAACCAGAUGAGUAAUUGGCGUGACUGGGUUUCUUGGAAUGCUUUGUUGGCUAGCUAUGAUAAUCAUCAGUUGAGUGAACAAGCACUAACAAAAUUUUUGGAGAUGCAGUGGGAGACAAAACCAACAAAGUAUACCUUUGGAACCCUCUUGGCAGCAUGUGCAAAUAGUUUUUCUCUUAACUUUGGAAAACAGAUUCAUGGAUUCAUCAUUAGACAUGGAUUUGAAAUGGAUAUUAUAAUCAGAACUGCUUUGGUCCACAUGUAUUCUCGAUGUCGAUGCCUUGAGUAUGCUAUCGAGGUUCUCAAGGGAGCAAUUUCCAGAGAUAUAGUCAUUUGGAAUACCAUGAUUUUGGGAUAUUGCCACAAUCAUAGGGGUAAAGAGGCGCUUGAACUUUUUCAACUGAUGGAAGCAGAAGGCAUCAAUCCAGACCACGUGACGUUUCAGGGAAUUCUGCUGGCUUGUGUUGAAGAAGGCUUUGUUGAUGUAGGUACUGACUGCUUUAGAUCAAUGAGCAAUGAAUACUAUGUCCUGCCCCGGCUGGAGCACUAUGAUUGCAUGAUUGAACUAUAUAGUCGGCAUGGGUAUAUGGAUGAGCUAGAGAACUUUCUCAAAACAAUGCCAAUAGAGCCCACUCUUUCAAUGUUGAGAAGGGCCUUUGAAGCAUCUCAGAAAAAUAGGUACUCAAGACUAGGAGAAUGGAUUACACAUAAACUUAAUGAAUUUGAACACUAAUUAAUUUCAACCAACUGCAUGUGUGAUUAUAUCAGAGAUCUGAUCUCUGUUUCAGAUUCUAGCUUUGAUUUGCCGGACGACUUAUAAUCACAUUACAUUAUUUAUUUAUUUA